AUGUGUUCCCGGCGACGCCGGGCGUCUGGACGGCCGGGGUGCAGGCACUCGCGGCUACGGCGGUUUUUCCCCGAGCUGACGGCGGGGAAGACGGCCGGGCCGCAGGCGUUUGUGGCGGGAACGGCACAAUCGGAAGCAGCACCGGCGGCGAGAGUGGUGACCACCGGCAGUCAUGUGUUCCCCGCGACGCCGGGGACGGCCGGGGUGCAGGCACUCGCGGCUACAGCGGUACCAUCGGUAGCAGCACCGUCGGCGAGAGUGGUGGCCCGCGGCGGCAAGGUUUUCCCCUGGAGGUGGUGGGGGAAACGACCGGACCGAAAGUACUCGUGGCGGGCAAUCGGGGCUAGAGCGGUACCAUACGCCCGGGCCGCAGGCGCUCGUGGCGGGACUGGCAGCAUCGGCAGCAACACCCGCGGCGAGAGUGAGACCACCGGCAGUCAUGUGGUCUCGGCGAUGCCGGCCGUCGCGACGGCCGGGGUGCAGGCGCUCGCGGCUAGAGCGGUACCAUCGGUAGCAGCACCGGCGGCGAGAGUGGUGGUCCGCGACGUCAAGUCAUGUGUUCCCGGCGACGCCGGGCGUCUGGACGGCCGGGGUGCAGGCACUCGCGGCUACAGCGGUACCAUCGGUAGCAGCACCGGCGGCGAUAGUGGUGGCCCGCGGCGGCAAGGUUUUCCCCUGGAGGUGGUGGGGGAAACGACCGGACCGAAAGUACUCGUGGCGGGUACGGCAACAUCGGCAGCGGCACCUGUGGUGAGAGGGGGGACCACCGGCAGUCAUGUGGUCCCGGCGACGCCGGCCGUCGGGACGGCCUGGGUGCAGGCAAUCGGGGCUAGAGCGGUACCAUACGCCCGGGCCGCAGGCGCUCGUGGCGGGACUGGCAGCAUCGGCAGCAACACCCGCGGCGAGAGUGAGACCACCGGCAGUCAUGUGGUCUCGGCGAUGCCGGCCGUCGCGACGGCCGGGGUGCAGGCGCUCGCGGCUAGAGCGGUACCAUCGGUAGCAGCACCGGCGGCGAGAGUGGUGGCCCGCGGCGGCAAGGUUUUUCCCUGGCGGUGGUGGGGGAAACGACCGGGCCGCAAGCACUCGUGGCAGGAGCGGCAGCAUCGGCAGCAGCACCUGUGGUUUUUCCCCGAGCUGACGGCGGGGAAGACGGCCGGGCCGCAGGCACUUGUGGCGGGAACGGCACAAUCGGCAGCAACACCGGCGGCGAGAGUGGUGACCACCGGCAGUCAUGUGUUCCCCGCGACGCCGGGGACGGCCGGGGUGCAGGCACUCGCGGCUACAGCGGUACCAUCGGUAGCAGCACCGUCGGCGAGAGUGGUGGCCCGCGGCGGCAAGGCACUCGCGGCUACGGUGAUACCAUCGGUAGCAGCACCGUCGGCGAGAGUGGUGACCCCCGGCGGCAGGUUUUUCCCCGAGCUGACGGCGGGGAAGACGGCCGGGCCGCAGGCACUUGUGGCGGGAACGGCACAAUCGGCAGCAACACCGGCGGCGAGAGUGGUGACCACCGGCAGUCAUGUGUUCCCCGCGACGCCGGGGACGGCCGGGGUGCAGGCACUCGCGGCUAGAGCGGUACCAUCGGUAGCAGCACCGGCGGCGAGAGUGGUGGCCCGCGGCGGCAAGGCGCUCGCGGCUAGAGCGGUACCAUCGGUAGCAGCACCGGCGGCGAGAGUGGUGGCCCGCGGCGGCAAGGUUUUUCCCUGGCGGUGGUGGGGGAAACGACCGGGCCGCAAGCACUCGUGGCAGGAGCGGCAGCAUCGGCAGCAGCACCUGUGGUUUUUCCCCGAGGUGACGGCGGGGAAGACGGCCGGGCCGCAGAGACUUGUGGCGGGAACGGCACAAUCGGCAGCAACACCGGCGGCGAGAGUGGUGACCACCGGCAGUCAUGUGUUCCCCGCGACGCCGGGGACGGCCGGGGUGCAGGCACUCGCGGCUACAGCGGUACCAUCGGUAGCAGCACCGUCGGCGAGAGUGGUGGCCCGCGGCGGCAAGGUUUUCCCCUGGCGGUGGUGGGGGAAACGACCGGACCGAAAGUACUCGUGGCGGGCAAUCGGGGCUAGAGCGGUACCAUACGCCCGGGCCGCAGGCGCUCGUGGCGGGACUGGCAGCAUCGGCAGCAACACCCGCGGCGAGAGUGAGACCACCGGCAGUCAUGUGGUCUCGGCGAUGCCGGCCGUCGCGACGGCCGGGGUGCAGGCGCUCGCGGCUAGAGCGGUACCAUCGGUAGCAGCACCGGCGGCGAGAGUGGUGGCCCGCGGCGGCAAGGCAAUCGGGGCUGGAGAGGUACCAUCGGUAGCAGCACCGUCGGCGAGAGUGGUGACCCCCGGCGGCAGGUUUUUCCCCGAGGUGGCGGCGGGGAAGACGGCCGGGCCGCAGGCACUUGUGGCGGGAACGGCACAAUCGGCAGCAACACCGGCGGCGAGAGUGGUGACCACCGGCAGUCAUGUGUUCCCCGCGACGCCGGGGACGGCCGGGGUGCAGGCACUCGCGGCUACAGCGGUACCAUCGGUAGCAGCACCGUCGGCGAGAGUGGUGGCCCGCGGCGGCAAGGUUUUCCCCUGGAGGUGGUGGGGGAAACGACCGGACCGAAAGUACUCGUGGCGGGCAAUCGGGGCUAGAGCGGUACCAUACGCCCGGGCCGCAGGCGCUCGUGGCGGGACUGGCAGCAUCGGCAGCAACACCCGCGGCGAGAGUGAGACCACCGGCAGUCAUGUGGUCUCGGCGAUGCCGGCCGUCGCGACGGCCGGGGUGCAGGCGCUCGCGGCUAGAGCGGUACCAUCGGUAGCAGCACCGGCGGCGAGAGUGGUGGCCCGCGGCGGCAAGGCAAUCGGGGCUGGAGAGGUACCAUCGGUAGCAGCACCGUCGGCGAGAGUGGUGACCCCCGGCGGCAGGUUUUUCCCCGAGGUGGCGGCGGGGAAGACGGCCGGGCCGCAGGCACUUGUGGCGGGAACGGCACAAUCGGCAGCAACACCGGCGGCGAGAGUGGUGACCACCGGCAGUCAUGUGUUCCCCGCGACGCCGGGGACGGCCGGGGUGCAGGCACUCGCGGCUACAGCGGUACCAUCGGUAGCAGCACCGGCGGCGAGAGUGGUGGCCCGCGGCGGCAAGGCAAUCGGGGCUGGAGAGGUACCAUCGGUAGCAGCACCGUCGGCGAGAGUGGUGACCCCCGGCGGCAGGUUUUUCCCCGAGGUGGUGGCGGGGAAGACGGCCGGGCCGCAGAGACUUGUGGCGGGAACGGCACCAUNUGCUAGAGCGGUACCGUACGCCCGGGCCACAGGCGCUCGUGGCGGGAACGGCAGCGUCGGCAGCAUUUCCCUCGGCGAGAGGGGGGACCGCCGGCAUUCAUGUGUUCCACGCGACGCCGGGCGUCUGGACGGCCGGGGUGCAGGCACUCGCGGCUACAGCGGUACCAUCGGUAGCAGUACCGUCGGCAAUCGCGGCUACGGCGGUACCAUCGGUAGCAGCACCGGCGGCGAGAGUGGUGGUCCGCGGCGUCAAGGUUUUUCCCUGGCGGUGGCGGGGGAAACAACCAGGCCGCAAGCACUCGUGGCGGGAGCGGCAGCAUCGGCAGCAGCACCUGUGGUGAAGGGGGGGACCACCGGCAGUCAUUUGUUCCCGGCGACGCCGGGCGUCUGGACGGCCAGGGUGCAGGCAAUCGGGGCUACAGCGGGACCAUCGGUAGCAGUACCGUCGGUGAGAGUGGUUGCCCGCGGCGGCAGGUUUUUCCCCGACCUGACGGCGGGGAAGACGGCCGGGCCGCAGGCACUUGUGGCGGGAAGGGCACAAUCGCCAGCAACACCGGCGGCGUUUUUCCGCGAGCUGACGGCGGGGAAGACGGCCGGGCCGCAGGCACUCGUGGCGGGAACGGCACCAUCGGCAGCAACACCGGCGGCGAGGGUGGUGACCACCGGCAGUCAUGUGUGCCCCGCGACGCCGGGGACGGCCGGAGUGCAGGCAAUCGGGGCUAGAGCGGUACCAUCGGUAGCAGCACCGUCGGUGAGAGUGGUGGCCCGCGGCGGCAGGUUUUUCCUCGAGCUGACGGCGGGGAAGACGGCCGGGCCGCAGGCACUCGUGGCGGGAACGGCACCAUCGGCAGCAACACCGGCGGCGAGGGUGGUGACCACCGGCAGUCAUGUGUGCCCCGCGACGCCGGGGACGGCCGGAGUGCAGGCAAUCGGGGCUAGAGCGGUACCAUCGGUAGCAGCACCGUCGGUGAGAGUGGUGGCCCGCGGCGGCAGGUUUUUCCUCGAGCUGACGGCGGGGAAGACGGCCGGGCCGCAGGCACUCUUGGCGGGAACGGCACCAUCGGCAGCAACACCGGCGGCGAGAUUGGUGACCACCGGCAGUCAUGUGUUCCACGCGACGCCGGGGACGGCCGGGGUGCAGGCACUCGGGGCUGGAGCGGUACCAUCGGUAGCAGCACCGGCGGCGAGAGCGGUGGUCCGCGACGUCAAGGCAAUCGGGUCUGGAGAGGUACCAUCGGUAGCAGCACCGUCGGCGAGAGUGGUGACCCCCGGCGGCAGGUUUUUCCCCGAGCUGACGGCGGGGAAGACGGCCGGGCCGCAAGCACUUGUGGCGGGAACGGCACCAUCGGCAGCAACACCGGCGGCGAGAGGGGGAACCAUCGGCAGUCAUGUGUUCCCGGCGACGCCGGGCGUCUGGACGGCCGGGGUGCAGGCACUCGCGGCUACAGCGGUACCAUCGGUAGCAGCACCGUCGGCGAUAGUGGUGGCCCGCGGCGGCAAGGCACUCGCGGCUACAGCGGUACCAUCGGUAGCAGCACCGGCGGCGAGAGUGGUGGCCCGCGGCGGCAAGGUUUUUCCCUGGCGGUGGUGGGGGAAACGACCGGGCCGCAAGCACUCGUGGCAGGAGCGGCAGCAUCGGCAGCAGCACCUGUGCGGUACCAUCGGUAGCAGCACCGGCGGCGAGAGUGGUGGCCCGCGGCGGCAAGGUUUUUCCCUGGCGGUGGUGGGGGAAACGACCGGGCCGCAAGCACUCGUGGCAGGAGCGGCAGCAUCGGCAGCAGCACCUGUGGUGAGAGAAGGGACCACCGGCAGUCAUUUGUUCCCGGCAACGCCGGGCGUCUGGACGGCCGGGGUGCAGGCACUCGCGGCUACAGCGGUACCAUCGGUAGCAGCACCGGCGGCGAGAGUGGUGGCCCGCGGCGGCAAGGUUUUCCCCUGGCGGUGGUGGGGGAAACGACCGGGCCGCAAGCACUCGUGGCAGGAGCGGCAGCAUCGGCAGCAGCACCUGUGCGGUACCAUCGGUAGCAGCACCGGCGGCGAGAGUGGUGGCCCGCGGCGGCAAGGUUUUCCCCUGGCGGUGGUGGGGGAAACGACCGGGCCGCAAGCACUCGUGGCAGGAGCGGCAGCAUCGGCAGCAGCACCUGUGGUGAGAGAAGGGACCACCGGCAGUCAUUUGUUCCCGGCAACGCCGGGCGUCUGGACGGCCGGGGUGCAGGCAAUCGGGGCUAGAGAGGUACCAUCGGUAGCAGCACCGUCGGCGAGAGUGGUGACCCCCGGCGGCAGGUUUUUCCCCGAGGUGGCGGCGGGGAAGACGGCCGGGCCGCAGGCACUUGUGGCGGGAACGGCACCAUCGGCAGCAACACCGGCGGCGAGAGGGGGAACCAUCGGCAGUCAUAUGUUCCCCGCGACGCCGGGCGUCUGGACGGCCGGGGUGCAGGCACUCGCGGCUACAGCGGUACCAUCGGUAGCAGCACCGUCGGCGAGAGUGGUGGCCCGCGGCGGCAAGGUUUUCCCCUGGCGGUGGUGGGGGAAACGACCGGGCCGCAAGCACUCGUGGCGGGAGCGGCAGCAUCGGCAGCAGCACCUGUGGCAAUCGGGGCUAGAGAGGUUUUUCCCCGAGGUGGCGGCGGGGAAGACGGCCGGGCCGCAGGCACUUGUGGCGGGAACGGCACAAUCGGCAGCAACACCGGCGGCGAGAGUGGUGACCACCGGCAGUCAUGUGUUCCCCGCGACGCCGGGGACGGCCGGAGUGCAGGCAAUCGGGGCUGGAGAGGCGCUCGUGGCGGGAGCGGCAGCAUCGGCAGCAGCACCGGUGGCGAGAAGAGGGACCACCGGCAAUCAUGUGUUGCCGGCGAUGCCGGGUGUCGGGACGGCCGGGGUGCAGGCACUCGCGGCUAGAGCGGUAGAACACGGCUGGGCUGCAGGCGCUCGUGGCGGGAGCGGCACCAUCACCAGCAGCACCUGUGCCGAGAAGAGGGACCGCCGGCAGGCUUGUGUUCCCCGCGACGCCGGCCGUGGGGACGGUCGGGGUGCAAGCACUCGCGGCUAG